CUACAAGCGCAAGCGGGUAUCAUCAUUGUAACUCCCCCUUCAGUAUUCUGGCCAAUCCUAUAUUAUAGAUACACUGCAAAUGCCAUGGCUCAAGAAGCAUUCCAUGACGAGGAAGAGGAUCCCAUAACAGUAGAGGAGGAAGAGGGUAAACUCAAAGCAGAAGAAUUGGUCCCCUUGUCUGCCAAUGGAUCUGCAUCCAACGGUACCACCCCACGGUCGGUAAUCCCGUUGGAAAUUGAAGGGUGCACUGAUGCCGGUAGUGAAGCAAGGGUAUCGUUGUCCAAAUGUGCCAAAGUUGCUCUAUUCUCAGUUGGAGUAAUCUCUUUGGCAGUUCCUCUUGCCGUUGCACUAUUGUAUUAUCGAAAUUCGGAACAAGAGGUGCCAUUGGCCAUUAAUGCUCCAUCCCAACAAGAUGCCAUUGCUUCCGCUGAGAGGCUCCCUGAGGUUGUGAAAGGUGCUAAAGAAGAGGAUGUUGUAGGCUGGGUUCCCAAUCCACACGACUUUGCCCUUUGUCGAGCCAACAACACAGUCCUAGCUCGAGAGACGUCUACCGAGUAUGUGUCGGAGGAUGCUCAAGCGCAGGUGAUGCACCAACUGCCAACUCCGUGGCAACGAGCAUGGUCGUUGCGUCCACAAGAUUUUGAGCCCAAACACGGUGGCCAGAACUGCUCUUCUGUAGACGAACUACUACAAGCCAUUCAAUUGGGACAUCGGACCUUUGACGACGAGCAUGAUGACAUGCUCUAUUACUACGACAAUGCUACCCUGGAUACAUGGAUCAAACGAGAAAAAACGGCAUCCACAUUUGUUCCGUACGGCUGCGAUAUCCCAGUCUUGUCCAGUGAGGAGAUUUGUGAGAUUCUGAAUAUGUUCAACUCCAUCAUUGUCAUUGGUGAUUCGUUGGUCAGACAUGUCCAAGCUGGAUUGUUGGUGGGACUUACCAACAACUUUGUCUCCGGAUCCUUAUUGGGAUCCGACAGUCAGGAUGCCCUCGAAAACUGUCGAUGCGAUGGUUUGCUCAGUGAACAUAUUCUGUGUCGGACACAUUUGGGGAGCAAUUUCUCCGAACUGCAGCCUUUUCAGGCAUGUCCCAACCUACGCACAUCGGAUCGAGUGGCUCGACGAUCCAUCUUCCAAGAACGAUUUACCUGGAUCUCCAAUCACCAUACUCUUGCCACUCACAUGGACUCUGCUUGGUUUGAUCACUGCUGGGAAGUCGACCAAAAUGGAGAUCCUGUCCCUUUUCUCUCCGAUGGCAAGCAGAACAAAGGAAUGCUCCUGUUAUUCGAGGGAGGCUUGCACCAUCACCUGGAUCCACAGUCGUUCAUCAAACAAAUUCUGGCUCAGUUCUUCAACGAGCAACACGUUCGGCUCUGUUCCGAGGCUCACAAGUUGUACGUCAUUUGGCAGCGGAUCGGGUCCCAGUCUCCCCUCUACGACAGCUUAUUCCCGUUCCAAGCACAAGACCGUGCCAAAUAUUUCAAUGACGAGGUGGACGAGUGGAUUUAUCAUGUCUCCAACCAUACAAUCAUUCAAAUGGAUACAGUCAACAUGACCCGAGGAGCGCAAAAGAGCGACGGAGCUCACUUUUUGCUAAACGUCAACUUUUUCAAAGCACAAUAUCUGCUCCAGAUUGCCAAGAAAAUGAAGGAGGAAGAUCGAUUUGUGAUCCUGAAUUGAUAGAGGGCUGGCUAUACAACGAACAGCCACUUUGCUGAGAGAACUUUUCUGGCUGACUGGGGCCAAUCUGCUUAUGUCACUACCGCACCAUCAACUGUAAAAGUUCUCUGAUGGUUGUAGCUGAGUGUUAGGCAAAGAAGAUAUGGAAUUCGGGACUUGGUUCCAUGGGAUCAGGGGCGACCAACUCUGGGCCAACAUGGGGGCCAAAGGGCUUGACUUUGGAUCCACGGAGACGUAAGUGAGUGGCUUUGGCAAGGGCAAUCAAUCCUCUGAGUAAUUACUUGGCAAGGUAAACCCCAGUGUCGUCACAACAACUGGUUUAGCAAUCGGCCGCACACUCCUAAGGGAAGUUCUGGCUUCCAUAGGUAGCUUCCCGACUCUACCCCCUUUCCUGUGGAUUGAAAGCUAAGGGCGUUUGUAGCUACUGUAUACUUCACCCUCGCGCAACUGCGACCAUUGCAUGUUGCUGUACCCGUACCAUACGAACGAUGGGACAGCGCCUCUCAAACAACAAUUCGUCAACCAAUCACGGACAAAGCUACAGCACUAAACGUGGCAACAUUGAAAUAGCUACUAUAGUAUUAUUAUAUUUGUGAACAAAC